UGGAAACGUCACACCAACACCGACUUACGGUGUUUUAAAAACAACGCCUAAAAGGGAUGUUUUCUCAGCUACGCCACACGUUUCCCUACAAAUGUUUUAGUUGCAAUGUUUUUUAAAUGAGGUUGGCAAACAGAAAAAGUGGACUCCAUCCUAUGACCAGAAAAGAGAAUAAGAAUGAGGAUCAACAGUGAGGCCCAGUCAUUAUAAUCUCAACACAUGAAAUCAUCCAUAUGCAAGCGAGAAGAAAACAUCAUGAAAAUCUUUGGAGUUUAAGCUGAGAUGGAGCAAUAUUCAGAAGAUGAAGUUGAGAAAGGCUUCAAAAUGUUAUCCUGUGCAACACCACAGUUAGGAAAUGGCAGCCACACAAAUGAGCAUAACAAUGACCAGAAAUCAAUGGAGUGGGAAUCCCCAGAGAGACUUCCAGUAAUUAAAAGAUGGGAGAUUGGUCCACUUCUACAGUCAUUCAAAUCCAAGAUGGCUAGCUUUACGGAGAUUGUCAUGAGCCCUGUUCGCCUUUUUAAGUCCAGUGACUCACUGUCCUCAGCUGGAUUGUCUGAUCCGCAUCAACAGUUAAUCAAGUCAAAUGUGGAAAGUUCAACCAGGACUGAGGAGGGGGUGACUACCAGUGAUAAAUAUAAAAAUGGGUUGUUUUCAAAAAGGCCUUCAACAGAAGGAGUGCAGUGUAACAUUGCUCCUAAACGCCAUAGAGUUGCACAGAGACUGAAUUUUGGUACAGUUUCAAGUAACACCCACAAACCAGUAUUGGAUAAUAUUAAAAUGCACAGCAAUUUUAAGGUUGCACAAAAUGAGGAAGAAAAUCAGAUAGAUCGUCCUUCAAGGCAGUCACAAGCCGUCCUUCAGGAAGGAAUACAUGAUUCCUGUCCUUGUAAAGUAAGAAGUCGUUUUCUCAGGACUAGACCUAUUCCGUCCUAUGACAAAACUUUGAAUUCUGCAAGUGCCAAAUGUGUGUCUUGUCAAGCCAAUGUGCAAAAUGAUGAAGCUGUUGCUCAGCAGCGACUAAUUGGUGAGAGACAGACCCAUAGCAGUAAACAUGAAGAUGGUAUCACAGCCUGUGAACUUGGUAUUGACUCCUAUAUUUCAGAGGCAUCAAGCCUUUUGAAACUAGAAACAAACUCCGUAAUUGCAGAAAACACAAAAACAACUUCUUCAAACAAUGAUUCUGAAGCCGCUUCUAGUAUUUCCUCUGAUUUUCACAUGAUAGGUGGAGACACAAGAAGAGGUUGUGUGUUUGGCAAUGAGAAAUCUUAUUCACAGAUGGCCAUUAGGAAAAGCCCUAGAAAGUCAGUGAAGCCUCUGUCACAGACUUUUGAGUUCACCUCGACAGAAUUGGACACAUUUGUGACGGGACAAAAUACUCAUAACAUGAAGGAAUCACAGUCUGAAAAUGUUAUGGAAUGGACGCAUCACUCGGCUGAAGUAUCAGACUGUCCAAAGAGCACUUCUGUUGUGAAAGUGAGGGCAAAGAGGUGUCGAGAGGCAAAGAAAGACUUGCUGGUAAGGGGGAAAUGUAAUUUGCAAAAAGCUGAAGAGGGAGGCCUGAGGCCUACAAAGAAUAAAAACAAGGUCAAAGACAAUGACAUGUCUUUGGAAAAGAAUCAGGAGGAUGUAACAAUUGUUCAGAUCAGGAAAAAGAGGAAAGGGAUUUCUACAGUGCAACAGCUCCAAGUCUCAAAAAUGAUCCUUGACGAUGUUGAUAUGAGAAAUUCUGUUGUCUCUGACACCUCACACUCUUGUAACUCCACAGAGAUUAAACAAAUUAGACUGGAAAAGGCAGUAAGAAUUCGGUCGAGAAAAAAUGUAAAAUGUGGAAUGUUACUGACCUCUGCUAAUGAAGGUGAUGCCACUGAUGCUACAUCCUUCCAAAAUGACACAAGAAAUGUCUUGAUUGACAAGAUCUUAGACUGCAAUAAUUCGAAUGCCAUGGGAAAAUGUAAUUAUGAAAAUUCCAGACUAUCAGAGCUUCCAGGAUUGCAACACCCCAUGCAGGCACAAGAGACUUUUGAGAAGAUUGUUGAAUCUCAGAAGACAAGACAGCAUUUUCUUAAAAGUGCAGGAAAUGCAGCUUUACAAAAGAGGAAUCUUCAUCCACCCAAGCAAAAUUUUAAGGACUGCUGUACAACUUCAGUAGUUCAUCCAGCAGGACCCAGUAAACCUGCAAAAAGAACAGUACUUCAGAGCGAUGAAACUCAAAGGACUAUUAUUGCAACUGAGGAGCAGGAGUCAUUUCUGUCUACAGGGGUGCUUUCAGGACUUGAAGUAAGAGAAGAAAAAAAUGGAUUUGUGUCACCACCAGUGCAGCCUAAUUCGACAGCUCCAUUAGAGUCAGAAAGAAAGCCAAGAAGACCCACAAAGAUUAUGAACCGAGAAUGUAGCAAAUAUGUUUUCGCUGGAAAAAGGAAAGGUGCUAUUGGAAGCAAAGUUGAGGCAGAGACCCAAGAACAGACAAUGGAUGCCAUUCCAGUAGUGUUGUCAUCAGGUAGAGGCUCCAAACGCCUCCUGCGCAGCUACUCCUGCCCUGAAAUCCCUUCUCUAUUAUUGAGUGACUCUCAUUUACCCCUUUCCCACAUGCAUGACAACAGUACUACCUCACCACCUAAAAAGAGCUCACCUGUUCCACUUCCCACCCAUUUAAACUCUCCGUCCAAGCGUACUCGCCGGCAUACUGUCUGUAGUGUAGAGACGGAACGAGAAAUUGCCCCUCUGUGUCUUCGUAAGGAGGUGUACCCUGCUAGUAGGGGUGGCCACUACAGUGGUCCUUCCUUCCCAUACUCUCCCUCAACCUCACUCACAGCCAUUGCCUCUUGUUUUUUGUCUAGUCCUCUAGCGUUCUUGUCCAAAAGCUCAAGUCAAGGGCGUAGCCAUGCUAGUGACACCAGCACUGGCAGCUUUCAUGCCAUUGCCUCCCCUUUUGCGUCCAGUUUCGCCACAUCCUCAUCAUCGUCCUCCUUCAGUUCCCCCUUUACAUCCACCCUCACAGCCUGUCGUGCUUUAUCUGGCCCCUCCACUGUUGUCACUCCCAGUCCUGAGAUUCCUCCUGCCUGUGUGUCAUCACUCUGCAGGUCUUUGGAGGGAGACCAUGUGAUGCUUCAAAUGAGGUGUGAGGAAUCAAUGGAUCAAAACUAUAGCCUUCAAAUCUCAUCUACAUCCAUCUCUGAGGAAAAAGCAUUAUCAGACUCUGAAAUCAAGACAGAAAUUAAGGAGGGUCAUCAAGGAAAAGUCUCCUCUAUUCGUAUCUGUAAGAAAAUUCCAAAGCCUCAGAAUAAUCUCACCCCAAUGGGCCUUCCUAAGAUCAUCAGAAUAAAGAAGAAGGAUUUUAGCUUGGAGGAAAUCUACACCAAUAAAAACUUCAGCAAACCUCCUGAUGGACGUUUGGAAACCAUUUUUGAGGUGCCUCUCAACCGGCGAGAUGGCUCUCAGGCUGUUGUAGGCCAAAAAAAGGUAAAGCGCUUUGUUGAAUUCCCCGAACUGGGUGUUGCCAGGAAGCCCAAGAAGCCUCUGGUCGGUGGAAUAGCAGGGGGUGGAGCCCAGAGGAAAGCCUUAGGGAACUCUGGGAUCUGUAGAACCAGACGAGGUGUCUGGCUCUCUUCUAAAGUGGAUGAUGGGCUUAUUUUGCAGAAGUUGGAUUCGCUCCUCUGUUCCAAGCUUGAAGAACUAGACACCUGGAUGGCACUUCAAGUUGCAUGCUGAGGCAG